UUUUUGACAUUUAGUCUUGCCACCCUGGCCACCAUGACUUGGAAAACUUGUCAAAUAUUUUAAAAACAAGAAAAAACGAGUGUAACUGCGAGAUAUUUUAUUUAAUUGUGAAUAAAUAUUUAAGAUUAUCAUUUAAAUAUUGAAUGUAACAGAAUAUAUCAAGAUGACGCUCACUAAAAUGGAGGUGGAUUCCGUAAAGGGCGAAGGCUUUCGGCCGUACUACACAACAAAAAUCGAAGAGUUGCAACUCAUCGUCGCUGAAAAGUCCCAAAAUCUUCGACGUCUUCAAGCACAAAGAAAUGAACUCAACGCUAAAGUGCGUAUGUUGCGCGAGGAGCUGCAACUUCUGCAGGAACAGGGGUCCUAUGUUGGCGAGGUCGUGAAGCCGAUGGACAAGAAGAAGGUGCUAGUCAAAGUGCACCCCGAAGGCAAGUUUGUUGUAGAUCUGGACAAAAACGUCGAUAUCAACGAUGUUACGGCCAACUGCCGCGUCGCACUCCGCAACGAAAGUUACACGCUCCACAAAAUCCUGCCAAACAAAGUCGACCCACUUGUCUCUCUUAUGAUGGUAGAGAAGGUUCCGGAUUCAACUUACGAAAUGGUAGGAGGCUUGGACAAGCAAAUUAAAGAGAUCAAGGAGGUUAUUGAACUGCCGGUGAAACAUCCUGAGCUGUUUGACGCGUUAGGUAUCGCACAACCUAAAGGUGUACUCUUGUAUGGACCACCGGGCACCGGUAAGACCUUGUUAGCCCGUGCGGUCGCUCAUCACACUGAAUGCACUUUCAUCCGUGUCUCUGGUUCUGAAUUAGUGCAGAAGUUCAUUGGAGAAGGAAGUCGUAUGGUACGAGAACUCUUCGUAAUGGCUCGAGAGCAUGCACCAUCUAUAAUUUUCAUGGAUGAAAUUGAUUCAAUCGGUUCAUCUCGUAUUGAGUCUGGCAGUGGGGGUGACUCAGAGGUACAGAGAACUAUGUUAGAGCUUCUCAAUCAGCUGGACGGGUUUGAAGCCACAAAGAAUAUUAAAGUUAUCAUGGCCACCAAUCGUAUUGAUAUUUUGGACCCAGCAUUGUUGAGACCCGGUCGUAUUGACAGGAAGAUUGAGUUCCCUCCACCGAAUGAGGAAGCUCGAUUGGAUAUUUUGAAGAUUCACUCUCGAAAGAUGAAUCUUACUAGAGGCAUCAAUUUGAGGAAGAUAGCGGAGCUCAUGCCUGGAGCGUCUGGUGCAGAAGUCAAGGGUGUGUGCACAGAGGCUGGCAUGUAUGCCCUCCGAGAGCGCAGAGUCCACGUCACUCAGGAGGACUUUGAGAUGGCAGUCGCCAAGGUGAUGCAGAAAGAUUCCGAAAAGAAUAUGUCCAUCAAGAAAUUGUGGAAGUAACUUUUGCUUUUAUAUUUUUUCUUAAUAUUUAAUUUUAAUGUAAUAGAAAAUGAUAAACUUGGUCUUAUCAU